AUGAACCAAGGAUACUCAUCUAGAGGUGAAAUGGGCCCCGAAGUAACGGCCGCAGCGACGUUUGUUUCCAGGCUAUUGAGAACAAGAGGCUUCCUGAGCGAACACCAACUUCAUGAUUUCAGAGAUUGUCUCCAACAGUCAUUAUCAGGUAAUUUGGUUGGCCUUUCCUGUAAAAAUAAAAAGUACAUUUGGCUACGAACUAGUUAUAUUGUCGAAGUGGCUGCCUAUAUAAUUGAUGUUUUGGCUAGUUAGUUGGCUAACGGUAGCCUCGCUAACGUUAGCUAGUCUUGGCUUUGUCUGUUCCAACUGACGGUCAAAUCUAGCUAGUUUUCUAAUCUGAUCGACGUUUGAUUUUUAUAAUUUUGCUGACUAUCUUUAUUAGGUAAUGCUGGGGGGGAGACAACGAACAUGUAAUUCGACAACUACCUUUAAAACAUUUUUUAAAUACUUUUGCAAGUCAGCAAAUUCGUUAGCAAGCUUCCUCGUUAGUCUAACUUGGCAUAAUGUCUCGAGAUGAUUGUAGUAGGCCCAAAUUCAUUGUCUGGUGCUUUGUUUGCAAAGCAACAAGUUGAGUCUUCUAGUUUCGUUCCUUUAGUCUGAUAAUUUUCUCUUCACAGAGCACUACCAGAACCACUGGUUCCCAGACAGACCACAGAAGGGCUCGGGCUACCGCUGCAUCCGAAUGAAUCAUGAAAUGGACCCAAUUAUUGGCAGGGCUGCUGGUCGAAUCGGAUUUACUAGCGAUCAGCUCUUCGCCCUCCUGCCCCGGGAGCUGACACUCUGGGUGGACCCCUUUGAGGUCUCUUACCGCAUCGGGGAGGAUGGCUCCAUAUGUGUCCUCUAUGAAGCAGAGGCCCCAGCGCCAGCAGCAGCACCUAGCCCCGACCCCACACAGAACUGCAAGAAUCAAUUUCUGCUCGGUGGCCGCACUAGCCCGCCGAAGAACUACCUGAUGACCGUCUCGAGCUAG